GCGCCUGCGCUAAGCGGGCUGCGCGAAGACGGCGAGGCGGCGCUGGGGGGCUGGCUCGGGCGGCAGCGUCGGCAGCUGCGGAUGGGAGCGGGCCGGCUCGGCGCGCCUAUGGAGCGCCAGGGCAGGGCUGCCGCCACCUCAGCCACUGCCGGCGAGUCGGCGUCCGCUGAUGCCGAAGCGCGGAGGCGGGAGCCGCUCAGGCGCCGGGCGAGUAGCGCGGCGCCGCCGGGGUCCGGGGCGGCGGAGGGCGUGAGACGGGAACGGCCUGGCUCCCUCAGCGGCACCGCCUCGGUCGUCCGCCCGCGCGGCGAGGGCCUCCGGAAGAAGCGGCCGCAUUUUCCAUGGUUUGGCUUGGAUAUUGGUGGAACCCUAGUAAAGCUGGUUUAUUUCGAACCUAAAGACAUCACCGCUGAAGAAGAAAAGGAGGAAGUGGAGAGUCUGAAAAGCAUUCGCAAGUACCUGACCUCCAAUGUGGCUUAUGGAUCCACAGGAAUCCGGGACGUGCACCUUGAGCUGAAGGACCUGACUCUGUGUGGACGCAAAGGCAAUCUGCACUUUAUACGCUUUCCCACUCAUGACAUGCCUGCUUUUAUUCAAAUGGGCAAAGAUAAAAACUUCUCGAGUCUCCACACUGUCUUUUGUGCCACUGGAGGCGGAUCAUACAAAUUUGAGCAGGAUUUUCUCACAAUAGGCGACCUUCAACUUCACAAAUUGGAUGAAUUGGAUUGCUUAAUAAAAGGAAUUUUGUACAUUGACUCAGUUGGAUUCAAUGGACGGUCACAGUGCUAUUAUUUUGAAAAUCCUGCUGAUUCUGAAAAAUGUCAGAAGUUACCAUUUGAUUUGAAAAAUCCAUACCCUCUGCUUCUGGUGAACAUCGGCUCAGGUGUUAGCAUCUUAGCAGUGUAUUCCAAAGAUAAUUAUAGGAGGGUCACAGGCACCAGUCUCGGAGGAGGAACUUUCUUUGGUCUCUGCUGUCUUCUUACUGGCUGUAGCACUUUUGAAGAAGCUCUUGAGAUGGCGUCUCGUGGGGAUAGCACCAAAGUGGACAAAUUAGUUCGAGACAUUUAUGGAGGAGAUUAUGAAAGGUUUGGAUUGCCAGGAUGGGCUGUGGCUUCAAGUUUUGGAAACAUGAUGAGCAAGGAGAAGAGAGAAGCUGCCAGUAAGGAGGACCUCGCCAGAGCAACUUUGAUCACUAUCACCAACAACAUUGGCUCCAUAGCAAGAAUGUGUGCCCUUAACGAAAACAUUAACCAGGUUGUAUUUGUCGGCAAUUUCCUGAGAGUCAACACAAUCGCCAUGCGACUUCUGGCGUAUGCUCUGGAUUACUGGUCCAAGGGGCAGCUGAAAGCACUGUUUUCGGAGCACGAGGGUUAUUUUGGAGCCGUUGGUGCACUCCUUGAGCUAUUGAAGAUACCCUGACUGCUACUCGGAGGACUUCCUGAAACCUACCACAGGGGCAUCUAUGGACCUUUUUUUUUUUCUUUUUAAGAGACGUUUUAUGAUCGUGUACUACCCAAAUCAGAGCAAGAAACAAAUGUAUUUUUCUAAGUCAUCAAGAUAAAUUCUUAAAAUUUUAUCUAAUCUA